AUGUACCGUACAGUGAAGAGGCUCGGUAUUCCAGAUUCAAACAUUGUCCUUAUGCUUGCGGAUGAUGUUGCUUGUAAUCCUCGAAACGUGUUUCCCGCCACAGUUUUUAACAAUGCAGGAAGAUACCUGGAUCUUUAUGGAGAUAACGUCGAAGUCGAUUAUAGAGGCUAUGAGGUCACUGUCGAAAAUUUUAUUAGACGUUUGUUAUCUGAUGACCGGUCAAAUAUUCUGGUAUACAUGACUGGCCAUGGUGGUAACGAAUUCUUGAAAUUUCAAGAUGCGGAAGAGAUCAGUAGCUUCGAUUUGGCUGAUGCUUUUGAACAAAUGUGGGAAAAGCGAAGAUAUCAUGAAAUCUUGUUUAUGAUCGAUACUUGUCAAGCAAAUACUAUGUAUGGUCAAAUAUACUCUCCAAACAUCUUAGCUACAGGAAGCAGUGAGCUUGGCGAAAAUUCUUAUUCACAUCAUAUGGACACUGAUAUCGGAGUAGCUGUUAUAGAUCGCUUUACGUAUUACAACCUUGAAUUUCUCGAAAAGAUAGAUAUGCAAAGUAAAUCAACUUUACAAGAUCUUUUCGAUUCUUAUGACCCAUCGCUAAUACACUCAACGCCUGGAGUACGCAGUGACCUUUUUCGCAGACCCCUGGAUAAGGUUUUGGUGACAGAUUUUUUUGGUAGUGUACAGAAUGUUGAACUUAUGGGGCAGAAAUAUAAUCUAUCGAACUCAGAGACCAAUAUUGAUGACACAAAGUUCCUACUUAACAUGAGGUUAGACCCUUUAGAACAACAUGACACAGAUCGUCUAUCAGGUCAUCCUGGUGAUUGA